CAAGACUCCCUUACCACUGACCCGACGCUAUGGAUGCCAUGAAGUCGGGCGCCGAAUCCCUGAUGACAAAGGACAACAUGGACGCGGGCUUCGAAACGGCCGAGGCAGGCCUCGACAAGAUGGACGCGAUGCUCGCGCAGAAUGGCGGCUCCGUCGUCUCGAAGUGCGAAAGCACCUUCGGGCCGCAGGCGGGCGCCUUCUGCAAGACGCUCAAGAACGGCUGCGACGCGAUGCUCUCCUUCGGCAAGAAUGCCUUGCCCAAGGUCCAGGAGCAGGCCGACUCGAUGGCCUCGCGUGACUUGAAGAUGCCGCCCACGUGCAAGAAGCCGCCCGCCAAGUACGUCGCCCAGCGGCGGGAAGAGAACGCCUUCGUGCAGAAGAUCGCAGAGUAGGCUCGCGGCGCGAGGCUGCGCCCAAUCGGGCGGCGCUCCGCUGUGUGUAUGAAAUCUGGCCUGUCCAUCGCGUUUGAGCGAGUGCUAGUCCGUGUGCGCACUCGCUCGGUUGCCUGUGGUGUUUCUCCGCCUCCACUAUACGUACGGUACUACAUGCAGGAAACUCGAGCUACGCCACUGUACCAAAGAACGGCUUCCUACAGUCA